GUCAUGUUUGCACUCCGAGCUGAGGAGCUGAGUGGGCACGACUGACCUGCCACCUUGCCUUUGUUGCAAGGGGGAGGAGCCCUGAGCUUUGAGUCCAGACAAGCUGUGAGGAUGUCCCUUUAACGUAUGUUUGCAAACUGAGUCCUGGGUCUGGGUGGUGGUAGGGCUGCCUGGCCCCUCCUGCCAGGGUGGCAUUAACUCCCUCCCUUCACUGGUAAAAUUCCCAGUAGGACAUUUGGCAGAAGAGCUGGGCAGGGAGCUGCCAACCAGGCCUGGCCCUGUCUCCUGGGUUCCCAGGGUGCUGGCUUGUCCCCUACCCUGACUUCUUCUCCCACCUUAGGGCCCCAAGUGAAGGCACCAUCCCUCCCAUCCCAUCUUCCUCAGGCGGGUUGGGACUCGCAAAGUGAUCUAACAAGAAGGGAAGGAAAAUAACAACAGAGUAACUGUAAGAGGAAGGAAUGAGUAAUAAAGCCGACCCAGGCAGGGAGGAGGGCUUUUAUGUUUAAAAGAUGCUAUUUGCUUUUUAGGUCACAGGCUGCAAAAACAGUCUUUGAUCCGAAGUGGGCGAAUAAUUGAUUGAGAAAGUUUGCAUGGUAGGGGAAAAAAGGGAUGUUUGUUUGAUCUGGAGGCCUCUCAGUUGUCCCAAGUGCUGUUGGCUGUUGUUUAGAGUGGAAAAGCGUUUGGUUCCACAGCAAAUGCCUCACCGAGGGAAGUCCUCGCCCCAGGCAGCAAGACUUGCAGUGAAUGUUGGUUUUGAAAUUGUUUAGCCAAGGGUCUCCCCAGCACUUUUGGAGCUGAAGUGUUUAAGGAUAGAGUUGUUUGGGCUCGGGAUGCAGCAAAUGCGUCCAGAACAUUUCCCAUCCAACAGGCUUUUCCUUUCCCUAAAUUGCCUGGCUAAACAGCCAAUAACACUGAUCCAAGAGGCUGUCAGAAAUCUCCACUUAGCUUUCGUUGACAGGUGAGGUGGGACUGCUGGUCCCCAGCCCCCAAGUCCUUCCAGAAUCAUGAGAUUAGGCUUUUGACACUGAUUUCCACAUCCUCAAGGUUGGGGGCAAGGUAUUCUGGUUAAUCAGUGUUCCAGUUAACAGGGAGGUACUUGUCUUAUACCCAAGACCCAAGUCAGAGGCUUCCAGUCCAAAUUCUUAACAGCUCAUCCAGCAGGCUCUUCGUGGGCCUCACAGUUUUCCCUUUAGGUUCUCCAAGGGGAGGCCAAGUCAGAGUUAUGAGGAGGGGGGGUACCCCUUGCUUGCCCUGUCCUCCACAUAGGACCCUCACUAUGUGUCUCAAAGAUGAGGAACCCAGGGGCUUCCCUGGUGGCGCAGUGGUUGAGAGUCCGCCUGCCGAUGCAGGGGACACGGGUUCGUGACCCGGUCCGGGAAGAUCCCACAUGCAGCGGAGCAGCUAGGUCCAUGAGCCAUGGCCGCUGAGGCUGCGUGUCCGGAGCCUGUGCUCCGCAACGGGAGAGGCCACAACAGUGAGAGGCCCGCAUACGGCAAAAAACCAAAAAAAAAAAGAUGAGGAACCCAGGGAGAUUCUCAGAAAACCUAUAGGAAUCUGGAAUACCCCAGCCAUACCUGGGAGUUGUAGGUCUGUGCCCUGUACACUGUACCCCCUGGGGGGGGGAGGGGGGCAAGGUGCGCUAUUUGGAGCCAGACAGUCUAGGUUUGAAUGCUAGCUUUGCAGUCACCAGCUGUUUUAAUUGCUCAGUGCCUCAGUUUCUUCAUCUGCAAUUGGGGUUAAUAACAGUACCUACCUCAUGGUGGGUGUGUGGAUUAAGCGAUAUAUUGCACAAAGAAGACUAUGCACAAAGCCAGGCAUGUGGCUAGGCCAGAGAGCCAGCUCCCUUCUCUGAAGAAGGGAUCAGAAGGACCCUGCAGUUGCCAAUGGGCAGCCAUCCAUGGGAGCGAGUGGACUGAGCUUUGCCCUCUCUGAGGUGGAGGGUAGGGUGCGAAGGUGCUGAAGGACAAAGUAGACAAAGCCCCUUUCUGUCUCCCAGGAUCCCCUUGAUGGAAGAGAAGAGGCGAAAGUACUCCAUCAGCAGCGACAACUCUGACACCACCGACAGUCACGCUACAUCUGCGUCAAGAUGCUCCAAACUGCCCAGCAGCACCAAAUCAGGCUGGCCCCGGCAGAACGAAAAGAAACCCUCAGAGGUUUUCCGGACAGACUUGAUCACAGCCAUGAAGAUUCCAGACUCAUACCAGCUCAGCCCGGAUGACUACUAUAUCCUGGCAGACCCAUGGCGACAGGAAUGGGAGAAAGGUGUGCAGGUGCCUGCGGGAGCAGAGGCCAUUCCAGAGCCCGUGGUGAGGAUUCUUCCACCAUUGGAAGGCCCCCCUACCCAGGUGUCCCCUAGCGGCUCCGACCUUGGUGAGGGCUCCCAGCCUGAUUGGCCAGGGGGCAGCCGCUAUGACCUGGACGAGAUUGACGCCUACUGGCUGGAACUCAUCAACUCGGAGCUCAGGGAGAUGGAGAGGCCAGAGCUGGAUGAACUGACGCUCGAGCGCGUACUGGAGGAGCUGGAGACUCUGUGCCACCAGAACAUGGCGCGGGCCAUCGAGACGCAGGAGGGGCUGGGCAUCGAGUAUGAUGAGGAUGUCGUCUGUGACGUGUGCCGCUCUCCCGAGGGUGAAGAUGGCAACGAGAUGGUCUUCUGCGACAAAUGCAACGUCUGCGUGCACCAGGCAUGCUACGGGAUCCUCAAGGUGCCCACAGGCAGCUGGUUGUGCCGGACGUGUGCCCUGGGUGUCCAGCCGAAGUGCCUGCUCUGCCCCAAGCGAGGAGGAGCCUUGAAGCCCACUAGAAGUGGGACCAAGUGGGUGCACGUCAGCUGCGCUCUGUGGAUUCCUGAGGUCAGCAUCGGGUGCCCCGAGAAGAUGGAGCCCAUCACCAAGAUCUCGCAUAUCCCAGCCAGCCGCUGGGCUCUGUCCUGCAGCCUCUGCAAGGAGUGCACGGGCACCUGCAUCCAGUGUUCCAUGCCUUCCUGCGUCACGGCAUUCCACGUCACAUGCGCCUUUGACCACAGCCUGGAAAUGAGGACUAUAUUAGCAGACAACGACGAGGUCAAGUUCAAGUCGUUCUGCCAGGAGCACAGUGAUGGGGGCCCACGGGGUGAAACCACGUCCGAACCUGUGGAGCCCAGCCCAGCCAGCGAGGACCUGGAGAAGGUGACCCUACGCAAGCAACGGCUGCAGCAGCUGGAGGAAGACUUCUAUGAGCUGGUGGAGCCAGCCGAGGUGGCUGAGCGCCUGGACCUGGCUGAGGUGCUGGUCGACUUCAUCUACCAGUACUGGAAGCUGAAGAGGAAAGCCAACGCCAACCAGCCACUGCUGACGCCCAAGACCGACGAGGUGGACAACCUGGCCCAGCAGGAGCAGGACGUCCUCUACCGCCGCCUGAAGCUCUUCACGCACCUGCGGCAGGACCUGGAGAGAGUUAGAAAUCUGUGCUACAUGGUGACAAGGCGCGAGAGAACGAAACACGCCAUCUGCAAACUCCAGGAGCAGAUAUUCCACCUGCAGAUGAAACUUAUUGAACAGGAUCUGUGUCGAGAGCGGUCUGGGAGGAGAGCAAAGGGCAAGAAGAGCGACUCGAAAAGGAAAGGCCGCGAGGGUCCGAAGGGCAGCCCCGAGAAGAAAGAGAAAGUGAAGGCAGGGUCCGACUCAGUCCUGGGGCAGCUUGGCCUGUCCACUUCGUUCCCCAUCGACGGCACCUUCUUCAACAGCUGGCUGGCGCAGUCGGUGCAGAUCACGGCAGAGAACAUGGCCAUGAGCGAGUGGUCGUUAAACAACGGGCACCGCGAGGACCCUGCUCCAGGGCUGCUGUCGGAGGAGCUGCUGCAGGACGAGGAGACGCUGCUGAGCUUCAUGCGGGACCCCUCACUGCGACCUGGUGACCCUGCCAGGAAGACCCGUGGCCGCACCCGCCUGCCUGCCAAGAAGAAACCACCACAGGAUGGGCCCGGUUCACGGACGACUCCAGACAAAACCCCCAAGAAGCCCUGGGGCCAGGAUGCUGGCAGCGGCAAGGGGGGACAGGGGCCACCUGCCAGGAAGCCACCACGGCGAACGCCUUCUCACCUCCCAUCCAGUCCUACAGCCGAGGACUGUCCCGUCCCAGCAGCUCCCGAGAGCCCCCCACCGCUGGCCCCCGAGACCCCGGACGAGGCGGCCCCAAUGGCUGCCGACCCGAAUGUCCAAGUGCCUGGCCCUGCGGCGAGUCCCAAGCCCUCGGGCCGGCCUCGGCCGCCCCGCGAGAGCAGGGGAACCCGGAGGUCGCCAAGUGCCAGGCCUGAUGCCGGGACAGGACCGCCUUCUGCUGUGGCCGAGAGGCCAAAGGUCAGCCUACACUUUGACACUGAGACUGAUGGCUACUUCUCUGACGGGGAGAUGAGCGACUCAGAUGUGGAGGCCGAGGACAGCGGGGUGCAGCGGGGUCCCCGGGAAGCAGGGGCUGAGGAGGUGGUCCGCAUGGGGGUACUGGCCUCCUAAGUCACCCCCUACCCCUGUCCUGGGCCCUGCUCUGGUCCGCCCACGAGGCCUCAGCCCAGUCACAACUGCCAUUUCCAAUCUCUGCUGAGUGUCUCAGACCCUCGAGGCUGCCACUCUGUUGUGGUUUUAUUUUUAAUAUAAAGAGAGUUUCGAAUUCCACACUAUUGUCUUUCCUCUGUGCUGGCCUAGGACGUUAGGAUUCCUUACAUGGCUCUGGCCACAAGGACCACACCAGGUCCUGGGCACCAUCCCUGCCGCAGCAGCAUCCCCGCCCGGCCCAUGCGGUAUUCCUGGGCUCCUGGCUACACGUAGGCAAGGUGAAGAAGAGCUCAGGACUCCAGCCUGCUGCCACUGGGUGGCACAGAGUGUCAUUUGGGCAUUAUUAUGGCAGAUGGGCCAGCCCAGGGCCUGUCCCGCCUUGCCCCCAAAUCCCACUGGGGUCCAUCUGGGGGGUCCUGCUGCACUCCACUGAUCCCCAAGGAAGUAUAAUAAGUGAUACCCAGCCAGAGUCUACUCACUGUCACAAGCACAACGAGCUUAUACGAGAAAGCACUGAGGGGGCGAAGAGGGCCUGCUGGUUCCAAGGGAACCACAGCCGUUCCUGAUCAACCCACAUCAUCAGAGGCCUGCCCGCCCACCCCGUGACCCUCCACUCCCUUGCUGCUCUGCCCCUGCCAGCGCCCAGCCCGGCGGCUCUGGGAAGGGCUUCCCAGAAUCCUUCUUGAGCUGUGCCGUUUUCUCAGGGGACUCCCAGCCAGCCAGCCGCCAGUGCCGGCGGAGGGCUGCAAGGGAGGGCCAGUGCCCAGAUGGGGGGCGUGGGGCUCAGACUCGCCCACUGCAGAGAAUCGCUCUGGGACUCCAACUUCCUUCCUUCCUUCGGGGCCAGUCUCGGCCGAGGUCUGAUCACUCCCAGAUAGCUGACCAGACCAGACCACUUGCCUUUUCAAGUUUCCCAGUCCUGCUAAGAGAUGAGCUUCUUCCUCAGUUUCCUUUUGGAAACUCCUCUUUCCAACAAGCAGUGGGAUCCCGGGGCCCAGGACGCGUCAGUGACGGCCUGCUGGGGCUGUUUUAAGUGUUGCUGGUUCUCCCUGGUUCCUCUCUCCCUCCGAGCCUUAACCCCCUUUCCCAGCCAUUCCCUCCCUCCCCACCAUCACCGUCCUGCCUUUCCCACCCCACCCUCUAGGUCCCAGGUAGUAGCUCUGAAGAGUUUCAGUGGAGUGGCCCCAGGGUGACAGCUCAGGGAACAAACAAAACAAGGAAUUCAGUGAAAACGUGUUUUUCUUUCCUUUAUGAAUUACUCCUGGAUCACUUCUGCCACUGGUAAAGCCAGAACUUCUCCAACAAGAACCUUGCAAAAGUCCAGUGAAUCAUUCUGUGGAUGCCAAAGAAUAUUUUGACCAUAAUACAGCACAGCCUGGACCUGACAACUUGUCACUUGGACUAUUUUUUAAACGGAGCUCUUUAGCAACCAAGUAUAGAAACAUGUUCAUCGCACACGUCCAGGAGGCGAGCGCAAGCUCUUGGACGAGGAUGCUGUUCUGCUGCUGGUGUUGGAUUUCAGAUCCCCAGGCUGGGCCCGCGGUGAGCUCUCCUGAACUCUGAGACUCACUGUGGGAGGAGACUGAUGGCGAAACCAGCGUGGCAAAAGUGUUCCCAUGGGGUUGCCCCCACGUGACACACGAAGCGCAAACCGGCGGGAUGGGGAAGCGACUCGAGCACCCAUCCCCGACUCCAAAUUUUCAAGGUACGACAGUGGCAUGAUCAUCGACACUCAAGUUUCAUGUGAAUUUUAUCAAAACAGGAAACAAAGACAAAGACUAAGUUUAAAGGGUCGGACAGAUUUGUCCAGUCGGAGCAGACUCGGAGUGGGCUUCGAGGACUCUGGGCGUUGGGAUGGCAUGAGCUACCGUGUAGAGUUUAGUCUGCCUGCCCGCCCGCCUUGGCAGUAGUGGCCAGUGCAGUGUCAGCAUCAGCAUCCCAACCCCAUUCUCUGUUUACUGCCUUUGAAUAGACCUUCCUUCCCCGUGCUUCGGGUCACCUCGGGCCACAACCUUGUCUGUGCUGGAUUGCUCAGUCUGACCUCACAGGAAGCAAAAGGGACGAGCUUUAAAGAACAACCAAACUCUGCCGGGGGACGGGAGUGCCAGGAAUGGCUCGGGUCCGGUAGACUCAGUACUUGCCUGUUUACCCUUCAUCCAUCCUGAGGCAGAGUCUGGGCUCCCUGGGGGUGAGGGUAGGGAGAGAAGCAGGGUGGGAAGGUAGUGGGUCUGGCCAGGGUCUGGACUGGGUGGGCCAGGCCGGGCAGCCAGCACUCUUGAGAGAGAGGCUCUACUCAAGUCGACCUCUGGAUUCCGACCCUUUUCCCGAUUGGCUCUUGCUUUGGAUUGAACUAUCCCUGGGGCCCACAUCCUGCACGGAGUCCAAGUGUCUGUAAGGCUGGCUGGCCAGGGUCUCCCAGGCCACGCCCUAGAGCUGUCCUUGUCAGGCAGCUGUCCACCCCUAGGAUGUCCACCGGGCUGCAAAGAGGACAAGGAUAACCAGUUCCCACUGCUGGCCUUUCUGCUAUUAGCCACAGCCCCUUUGCUCUUUUUCCAGCCUGCCGACGGCUUUGCCGCCUCGGAGUUUAAGAUGGGAAGCUGGGAAGAAGGUAGGAGGCCUUUUCCAGACCAGAGGCUGAGGCAGAUCUUUUCGCUUGACCGUAUGUGUCCACACUCACUGGCCUUCCUCAGGGAGGGAGAAGCUGCUCUGGAACUCAUCCGGGCUGUCAUCACCACCCUCCCAAUCCCUCACUGCCCACCUCCUUCCCCCUCAUCACAGUGAGAAAGGAUAAUGUGCAAGGAAAGUAUUUUUAUGGAUCAUAAAUGUAUUUUAGAACAAAUAAGGAGAAGAAAGGUAGAAGGGUUUAUUUUAUUAAAUGAGCUCUGACUCGGUGACAGUGUGUGGGCAUUUGCAGUGUGAAGGUCUCAGGUUCCUUGGAGAAGCCACCCAGGUUUCCAAACAUGGGUGUUGGACUGUGGAUGUGUGAGCCUGUUCCAGAGCACACCUUGUGUGUGUCCGAGUGCAGGCGUAUCUGUGUGUGUCGUGUAUGGGCACACGAUGGGACUUGGGGGACAAUUCCUAGAGAAUCACCUGCUCGGUUCUAACAGACAUUGGCAGCAGCUGGAUCUGGCGUUUCCUUGCUUACUGCCAGAUGUGGCCAACCUCUGCCCAUGCCCGAAGCUCCGUAGAAUGGCCUGGGUGCCUGUAGCAAGGCCCUUGGGGAGGCCCCUUCCCAUGCCCCUGGCCCAGCUGGCCACAUUGGCCAAAGAGCCAGGCUGGAGUCUGGGACCUUGGUUGUUCUUUAAGGCACUUCCUGCUACUUUGUCCCUCAGCUGCACAACACUCUGUGCUCCACAUCGGCUCGGGGUGGGGGGAUGAUAUGAAUGUCACAGGAGGAGACACCUUCUGUCUUUGUUUCAAUGAAAGUGAUGUGCCAUUUGUUAAUAUACAAGAGAAAUACUGAAAAUAUAUUGAAAAGAGCAAUUUUAAAUUAUUUUUGGCUUAUGUUGCAAUAUUUAUUUUCUUGUAUUAGAAAAGAUUCCUUUGUAGAGAAAAAAUGUAUUUUUCAUUAACGCAAAAACCUAUUUCUCCUUUUUGUACAUUGUCCAUGUUCGCUACCCUUCACGAGCAAUAGAAUGUAUGGCCGCCUGGGGGUGGCCGGUGCCCGCGUGCCCUGCAUGAUUCUGUGUUGCCGCUGCCGCAUAGCUCCCAGUCCCAUCCUGUCCUGCUCACUCCUGGGGGUCUUCCAGAGCCCAGCCCCCACUAGGGCCCGUGUCUUCACGACCCCUCUGCACUCCUCAUGUGUUGGCAAACGCAGUUAAUAAAGCGAUGUUUUCUGUG